AUUUUUUAUUAUUUUUUAUUUAUUUCCUUUAUUUUAUAUUAAACAUGCCUGCAUAUCAUUCACAGUUUAACAAUGGAGAUUAUCAAUCUGUUGGUAAUAUGUUUUUGUUACCUAUAAAGACUAAAUUUAGAGGCAAUGCACCUUUUGCCGAUCCUAAUUCCGAAGACAUCAUUGAUGAAGCCCUCGACUUAUUUCGUGCUAAUUGCCUUUUUCGUAACUUUGAAAUUAAAGGAAACGCUGACCGCGUUUUGAUUUACUUGAUUUUAUUUAUUUCACAAUGUCUUGGUUCCUUGAAUAAGUAUACACCUCAAAGUGAAGCUCUCAAGUCUUUAAACACUUUGGCACUUUCCAAUUUUUCUAUUCCAAGUGAUCCUUCAUUCCCUUUAAAUGCCAUGUAUCAAGGACCUGUUGAUAAAUUUCAAAGUGAUCAAAUGAAGCAAUAUAUGCAGCAACUUCGUCAGGAACUGGUUGUACGUUUAGUUGAUAGAAUUUACGUUGAUGGACAUCCAAGUAAAUGGUGGAUGUGUUUUUCCAAAAGAAAGUUUAUGAAUCUUAGUCUUUAAGAUAGUAUUAUUUUUUUUUUAAUUAAAAAGAAAAAGGGAGGAGAGAGGAUGUUGUAUUUGAUCCUUCUUCUUUACAUGUUGAAUUAGGUGUCAUUUAGUUUUUAUCAUCUUUCGUCCUUUUAAUAUUGUAAUAAUCAUUUAUUUAUUUAUUAUAAUCUAGUUAUUUUUGACAUGUGAAACUCUCUAUUGUCUAUUUUUUUUUUUUUUUAUCCUUAAUAGAAGGAUUUCGUCUAUGUCCUGUCAUACUAUUUUAGACUCAUAUAUGUAAAGAAAACAAGUUUUCUAUUCGCUUG